CCCAAUGCCCAUCAAAUCAUAAACAAUAUUGUCCGGAAGGACUGCCGACGAAGCUCAAAAUUUACAGUAUUAUCAAAAAUGCAAAAUUCGGAAAAAGACGAAUUGGAAGCGGCUGUGUUUUCUUCCGUUGGUGACAACUGGACUCGCAAAAAGGUAAAACAACAGCUCGCAAAUCGUGGUUACUUCAUCGGGAACAGCGUCGGUGAAGGUUCCUACUCGAAGGUGUACUACUCGGAGCAGCACCGACCGGGACAACAGUUUCCGGAUAGGCGCGCUUGUAAAAUUAUCAACCGGCGCAGGAGUUCGAUGGAGUACGGUCAGUUUUUGCCGAGGGAAAUCAAAACAAUGAUCGCGCUGUCACAUCCCAACAUUGUUUCGAUUCACUCGGUGUACGAAUUUGGUCCGUACGUGUGCAUAUUCAUGGACUAUUGCCGCCACGGAGACUUGCUGCAGCGCAUUCUGGAACAUGGCAAGCUGCCCGAAGCGAAGGCUCGUCUGCUGUUCAAACAAUUGGUUUCGGCGGUGCAGUACAUGCACUCACGAGGCUAUUGCCACCGGGACAUCAAGUGCGAAAAUGUUCUGCUGUCCACGGCGACUCACGUGAAGCUGUCGGAUUUUACUUUUUCGAAAAAAUGCUGCUGCGAGGGUGGAGGCGGACAGCUGAGUGCGACUUUUUGCGGCUCGGUAGCUUACGCGGCUCCGGAAAUCCUCAAAGGCAUUCGCUAUGACCCCAAGCGGUACGAUAUGUGGUCUCUGGGUUGUGUACUGUUCAUCAUGGUUACCGGAACGAUGCCGUUCGACGAGAGUAACGUGACGGAGACGAUCGAGCGCCAGGAACGGAAGCAGUAUUUCUACCCGUCGGAUGUCAAGCCGAACCCAAUGAUAAUUGAACUGAUUGACAGGCUCAUCGAACCGGAUGUGGAAGCUCGGGCCUCCGUGGAGCAGAUUCUGCUGGAUCCCUGGUUAGAAGCGGAAAACUGAUUAGUUUUUUUUUCGGUGGAAUGUGGAACCGAGGUGUGGGAGUUGUUUUGUGUUCCAUGAGCGAGGAUGAUUGAAUUAUUCAAUUCCGAAUAAUAAAAAUGCUGCUUUCUGGUUGCCAGUCAAACACAUCACUUCGCUUCGCUUCUCGUGUCUGACACUUGACAGUGUUGCGCCUUGGCUGAUAGUUUUGAAUAGGUCAAACUGUUGUAGUGCUUCAAAAUGCCACAAUAAAAGA